AGAACUUGUUGCUUGAUGCAUGUUUUCCUCUAGGGACAAAGACAGAGUGCGAUGGCCCGAGGAGCCUAGAGACGGCGGGUCUGGUAGGUGUAGAAGUUGAAGAAGAAAAAUUAUGGCAGAAAAAUCGUGGCUUUCCCCCGUAUCGGUUUUUCUCGUAGCUUUAUCCCAAGACAAAAGUGUUACAAAUACACCUUUGUUGUAACUUCAGCAACGCAAAUUCAUCAUCUCUGCAUGACAGCGAAAACUUGCAAGACAGAGCUCAUCAGAGAAAGAGCCACCCAUGAAGCUACUUAGACCUCCGAGCCUAAUGUCCUUCAGGACAGACGUGGUUUUUUUUUUUCGGUCUGCAUUCUAGACCAUGUGUGUAACACCUGUAACAUUUUUGUCUUUGCAUAAGCCUGCAGCCUCACCGAGGUAAUUUUGCUCGCAGGCGUCUUUUAUCAAAUGCAAAAAUGUCUGGGUCUGGAAGAAUGCAAGAUUUGUCAUGCAUAUUUCUCAUGACCCAUGAUGCCUGUAAUGCAUGACCUAGCGUCGCAGACUUUUAGAGGGGUUCCUGAUGCACCUUCCGCAUGAGAAAUGCCCUGUCCGUGUAGCGCAAACUGCGCCCCUCUUGCUGGGCAUGCAAUACAAAUUUUUUUAGAGUCCAAAAACAGCAUGACAAGUUGCAAUCUUCCAGACCCAGACAUUUUUACAUUUGCUAUCUUUUUCGAGGUGAACUUGGAUAACGGCCUGCAUGUGAUUCGCCGCCGCGCCCGCCAUCUGGAUGUCGGGUGGGUGUCGCGCACGGGCUUAUCCUGAGUAAAAACGUACCCACACCAGAGUCGGGAUGGGGAUUUUGCAACACAAACCUAGGAGUUUUGUGAGUCACGCAUGACAAGUUUCAGUCCGUAAGGUAGUGCAAGUUAGCAAGGAAAGCCGCAUCACAAAUCGAUCUGCUGAUCCUGUUUACAGCAUUACAAGUUCCCAAACACGAUUGAAAAUGCCUGUCAUGGGGUUGCGCAUCACAAAUGUUCCUGUCAUGGCAAAUCUGCAUGACAACUCUGGUGUGGGUACGUUUUUACUCAGGAUAGGGCUGCCGAGCAGGUCUUUUCUCUCGGUUACGGCGUGUGGUUACCGCGGUCGUUGUGGCACAGCCCGCCGGCGGGUGCAGCGGUAAUUUAGAUGAUUUUACGUAGGUGGAAAGUUCUUUUGCUAGCAUGCGUCUGAUCCUUUCACUUCUUUCUACAUUGACUUACAUACAAGAAGAAAAUACAGAAGGGCAAGCUCUUGCACUCAUGAUUUUCAAUGAAUUUCUGCUGUGCAUUGAUCCACACGACGACAAUGAACGUUCAGGCGUCACCACUUGGAACCUGCUGCAGCUUCUUCUGUGUGCACAUUUCGUCGCUCUCCUGCACGGAUUUACGGGCUACAUCCUGUCAAGCUCCAAUCUAUCAAGAGCAACUGCAACUACUGUGGUCGUGGUUCUUGCGACGUGCAGUGGUGUCCUGCUUCAGGAAUCGAAUAUAUAAUCAUGCUUCAAAUUUGCAUGUGCUGUUGGAGGUUUCGGAUCAAAGAUUCUAUCACCAUCGCAGCCUGAGGACGCGAUCGAUGAUCGAGCAUGUUGCAACGUUCUUUUAUUGAAGGGGGCCCUUCUUCAGGACUCUGAUGUGCGUUGUUUUCUAAUUCUUUCUUCUUGAAGCGCUUUGCAGCACGUAAUUCAGACACUACACGCAGACACAGUUUCAACGCAUACCGUUCCCCCAUCUCCAGUGUUGUCCCCGAGCGGACGGGGUUUCUGCAACACACUGUCGCGUCUGCCGUGAUCAGUUACGCACUGUUUAAGCUGCGGUACAAACCUAUCAAAUGUAAAAGUGUCUGGGUCUGGAAGAUUUCUAGACUUGUCAUGCAGGUUUUGCAUGAGUCUUGAUGUCUGUGAUGCGUGCCCUAGCAUCACAGAUUUUUUGAGGGCUUCUUAAUGCCUAUUCCGCAUUACAAAUGCCAUCUCCGCGUAGCAAAAAUCACAUUCCCUUUGCUGCUCAUGCAAUACAGAUUUUUUUGCGAUCCAAAUGCAGCAUCACAAGUUCCAAUCUUCCAGACCCAGACACUUUUACAUUUGAUAAAACCCCGGCUCGUGGUAGCGCCUCCCUCGUGUGGAAGCAGAAGCACCAACAACAUGGGCGCAGUACUAGGAGCGCGAGAACCGGCACUAAUAUCCCUUUCUCUACUAGAACAACAGCUGUACUCGCACCGCUUCUACUUCGACCCGUUGUGGCUGCGGCUGGGUACUACGACCGUGACGAAGCGGCAUCAUGUGUCUUUCGAUGCUCCUGCCGCUGAAAGGAUAAAUAAACUGCUGAACAAAACAACUUCUAGUUCUACCCUCCUCACAUCGCGACCCUCAGAGGACGACCACCAGCGUGUGCUAGCCAAACUGAAGCACUUUUUGCGGCGGUCCUUCUGGGGAAGAUUUUCGCUUUUGUUGUGGGUUUUGUCUGCGGGUGUGGUCGCGUACGGAGUUGUUGUUCUAAACGCAACAGGAGCAGGUGGAGAAGAUCUCUUCGCCGCCAACUCCACCAACUCGGUGCUCCUGGACGAGAUUUUCCCCGCCGAUUUUCCGGUGCGAAGGGAAUUCAAAGUGCUGAUCUCCCUACUGGUGAACACUGUGGUAACCGUGCUUCUCGUAUCCAAGAAAAAAACGUUGUAGGAGUAACUUUUUUGGAGGAACAGCAUUACAAAUCUGUCUGGCAUGACAGCAAAAACCUGUCAUGCGCAGAUAGUACGCGAAAACGCCCUUUAAUGGGCCCUACAAUGCAUGCCAAGCAUGACAGACGCAAUCAUCUUGCAUGUUGCGCGUCACAAGUUUACACAAUGGCAAUGGCAAUGGCAAUGUUGGCGCGGUUGUUUUAGCAUCACAAAUUUACACUAGCAGCGUCUUUUUCUUGGAUAUCUCGCGCUGGCGUUUUGGCCUCGGUUUGAAUACGGAAUUCUCCACUCCCCGAGCGCAUUGAAGAAAUUGCUGACCUGCCUCGUCACCUGCAGCUGCCUCAAGAAACGGAAGACGUUCUUCGACGUGCAGUGGAAUGAAGAGCAUGCAAAGAAGAGCAGUUUUCCAUCUUCUUCACCGACGGGGCCCCCCUCCUCGCUCUGGGAUCUACCGGCUGUGUCCGCGCGCAAUAACCUGCGAACGACCCUGCGAAAGUCGGCGACCGCGAGUUCUGGCGUAGGAGCUGCCUCAACAUCAUCCGCGGAGGAUUUAGUGGUAGGGUCGGCCGCCAGCACGUCUUGCGAGGGACAGGAACGUGGCGACGCAGUAGAACUAGUACCGGGCAAGAGCGGCAAGCAUAGUACCCUGUUGUUGCCACAAGAAGCUGUCGACCACGACAGUGGAAUAAAUACUAACCAUUCGGGUACCUGCUCCAGCGCAGAUGAAGAGGAUGGCGUUCUUGCCGUCGCGAUUCAUCAUGAUCCUCUGCCUGCGAGUUCUCAAAGCACACGAUUCGUCGAGACCAUCCCUGGAAAAGCGGAACGGAAGCGUAUUGCGGAACACGACGAGGUAUCAAAUGUAAAAAUGUCUGGGUCUGGAAGAUUGGAAGACUUGUCAUGCAUAAUUCGCAUGACCCAUGACGCCUGUAAUGCAUGUCCUACCAUCACAGAUUUUUAGAACCCCUCCUGAAGCCUAUUCCGCAUGAGAAAUACCCUCUCCACGUAGCACGAACUGGGGUCCUCUUGCUGGUCAUGCAAUGCAAAUUUUUUCAGCUUCCAAAAAUAGCAUCACAAGUUGCAUCCUUCCAGACCCAGACAUUUUUACAUUUGAUACGAGGCACUGCAGUGGCAGUACGACGCGCUAGUUGACUUUUCCCUGCACUCCCGCCCGUUUUCCACCGCCGGCACUUCGAAGAGAGAGUUGCAGGCCUUCGUGCAGACGGUGGUUGCGAAGGACGUGUCCGAGUGCUUUCUGCAGCCCGUGCAAAAGUUGGCGCUGCGCCGGGUGAAAAGAUUCGUGAGCAACCUGCAGGAGCAGAAGGCGCGGCGGCUGUUGCGCGAGAAAACCGCGGUACGCAUCCAGUCAAACGUGCGGCGGUUUUUGGAGCGCCGGAUGCUGCGCAAGAAACGCAGCUACUGCUUGCGGAUCGAGGUUCUCAGCGUAAAGCUCGGCAGCUGCAAAAACGCCGGGUCCUUUUCGGCCCCGUCAAACGGGAGGCAGAGAAAUAAAUCGGCAGCGGCAAAUAUUUGCUCACAAGUUCAUCCACCAAGAAAUCCCUUCGUGCGGAUUGAGUGCGAUCGCGGAAACCCCAGGAUUUUGGAGACCAACACGGUUCUGGGAAUUGCGAACUUUGCAGACUUCAGUGCUGCGACUAAUGCCGACAGCAAUUAUAGUACAGCUGUACUAGGGCCAACGUCGUCCCCUUUGGAUGGUGGUGCGUCGAACUCGAAGCGCAACAAGGACCUGAACCAGGCCACGCUCCACCACCAGCCGAAGGAACUCAAGACGAGCAACACGGUUAAUAGGGCAGUUGCUUCUGCAGCCACCACGACAGCAACUUCGACCACAGCAGCGACAGCAAAGAACUCGCAACUCGUACAGCAACAUCUUGGAGGGGCCAAUGCUUUGUCGGCACCUGGUCUGUUGCAUUCGCAGCACUAUAUGGUCUGCUCAGGUGUUGCAACAAUCAAUCUCAAGUGUUACAAUCAAAGCAAAAAAAUGUGGUGAUGCUAGACUUCUACCCAACGCACGACAGGCCAUAUAGUUCAUCUGGGUAAUCAUGCAUAGAGAGUGGGACUUCUAGGAUUCAUAUAAUUCAACACACUUGUUGUUCUCUGAAAUCUUGUCCUGUAAUGCUUGAGAUUGUGUAACACCCGACCUUCUACCUGGGUAUACCUGUUCACGCAAGCCACAACCAGUUUUUUCUGGACGUGCUGAACGUCUCCUACAUUUACCUCACCGUCUGGUCUCGGCCUGAUGAUACCACGACGACCUCCUUCGGCCCUGCCGAUGGGGCCGCUAUCCUGAGUAAAAACGUCCCCACACCAGAGUCAAGAUGGGAAAUCUGCUAGACAAAUCGGCAAGCUUUGGGAAUUGUGCAUGACAAGUUCAAAUCGGGAAAAACUGCCGUAUACCCGCGUAACCUGGCAUGUGAAUUGUGUCGCACCCUUCACAUUUCAGAGAUCGCACCCGUCCGCUGAAAAAAAAAAAAUAGAUAACGAAUGAUGAAAAAAAGCACAAUAGCGGGCCAAUAAAAAAAAAAUAUUGUGCAUGACAAGUUUCCGUCUGUAGUAAAGUGGUGCUUAGCAAGGCAAGCCGUAUGAGAAAGCCAAUUAUUUCUAAUCCUGUUUACAGCAUUACAAAUGCCAAAUCACGAUUGGAAAUGCCUCUCAUGGGGAUGCGCAUUACAAAUGUUCCUAUCAUUGCGCAUUUGCAUUCCACCUCCGGGGUGGGGAAGUUUUUGCUGAGGAUGGCCGCCGACCUGGAGUUUCUCGGCCGCUGCGUCGUGGAUUUGCAAGAAGUAGCGAGGUAUCAAAUGUAAAAAUCCCUGGAUGUCUGGAAACUUGUGAUGCUGGGUGGCGUCUCGUGAUGAGGCCACAAAUGCUGGCUUAGCAUCACAAGUUUCUGAGCUUCUAUGUGUUGCCUAUUCUGCAUGACAAACUGCGUUCCUGCAUCACAGAAAAGUGGAGCUCUUGGGUAACGUGCGUGACAGAUUUGAGAGUCAUGCCAGACAAGCAUGAGAAACAUGCAUUCUUCCAGACCCAGACACUUUUGCAUUUGAUACGAGGCAGGGCGCCGGGAAGGUCGUGCCGGACUAUGUGUUAUCAAAUGUAAAAAUGUCUGGGUCUGGAAACUUGUGAUGCUGGUUGGCGUAUCAUGAGGCGGUCACAAGUGCAGGCUCAGCAUGACAAGUUUCUGAGCUUCGAGGUGUUGCCUAAUCUGCAUGACAAACUGCGUCUCUGCAUGACAAAAAAACGUGGCUCUUGAGUAACGUGCAUGACAGACUUUGGGGUCAUGCUGGCAGAGCAUGACAGACCUUCCAUUCUUCCAGACCCAGACAUUUUUACAAUCCAUAUGUGUUCAGACUCCCACUUGCCGACGACAUUCCGCUGAAGAAGCCGCUGCUGCUAUCCUGAGUAAAAACGUACCCACACCAGAGUUGUAAUGCAAAUCUGCAUGCUGGAAAUGUUUCUCAUGCGGAGCUCCAUGAGGAGCAUUGUCUCGUCGUGUUUUGCAAUUUGUCAUGCUCCAAUCAGCAUGGUAUGCUAGAUCUGUGAUGCUGCUGAGCUAGCUCAAACAGCACUACACUACGAAUCCAAAUUUGUCAUGCAAAACAACCAAAACUUGUGGAUUUGUCUAGCCGAUUCCCCAUCUUGACUCUGGUGUGGGUACUUUUUUACUCAGGAUAGCUGCAGCACGUGACAUGUAGUUCCACCACAACUUUAUUUCUCGAUGAACAAGAGCAAAUGCAAAGCAGAAGUAAAGUAGCGACUACUCCUGGUCCGGUUACGAGUCGUCCCCAAGGGGAAAUAUCCAUCCGAUUGCAGUUUUUGGAUGCGUGGCGAGACGCAGCUGCGGUGGGACGACUGGACCAGUGGUUACUGCCGGAAAACAAAGCGAAAUACUACCUGCAGAACAGUAUCGUGAUGAAAAGUGCCGGUGCCCCGCUCCCUAGUAGAGGCGGAAGGAAGAAAAUGUUCUUUGUGAAGAUGUUGCGCAGGGUUCUAGUGGUGCGUUCUUUUGUCUUGCGUGAAAGGUGGACACUGGGUUUCAUGAUCAAGAGUCGUGCGCAACGCAUUUCGCCCAUGACAGGCUCCGCGCUUUCUAUCCCUUUUUGUAGAGCGGACUCUCACGGCUACAAUCCUGUAUCGAAUAAAAUCUGUGUUGCUAGGAUGUGCAGGACAGGGAGUGUCUCCAUAGGAAAAAUGCAAAUGUAAUGCUGCCGAGGUGUGUCCGGGGUAGGGUCGCUUUUCAGUAUGAUGAACAGCGUCUGGGAUCUGUACGGGCGAAGGUGAGGUGGAAGUUUUGUUGCUACGGGGACGUAGCAGGUCGGUAUAUAUCUGUUCACCUAAAAAUAGAAGUCGCGCGAUCCUGAGGAGUGACUGAUAUUUUUAUUUUUGUCGCAAAGUGGGGAGCAGGCAUGCACCAGACGAAUCUCGAAUGGCAGUGGUAUUGUUGCACACAAGCACAUUAUGGCUGGAGAAGUACGAUUUUUACCGGCACUUACUUAGAAACCCGAUGCGCUGGCGGGUUGCAAAAACUUGUCGCGUGAUACUUACUUGUGAAUUUCAAUGUGCUGUCCACCAAGGGGAAUGGAAAAAAAGAAGCGACAGCCGCAGAUGUUAAGUACAUCAUCUCCUGCUGUUGUUGCUACGCGUAGGACAAUCAAAGUGCUUAGUGAUUGGCAUCAGGCAUCUAGUUUGUCGGCCUCAGAAGUGCUU